GGUGAUUGUUUGAUUUAAUCAAACUUAUAUUUGGCAUUGGGAGAGCAAAGAGCCUUAUCCCUCUCUCUUUUUAUCUCUCCAACUAUUUAAGUAGAACCUGAAAGAAGUGAAGUAUAGAUCGAUGUCAGCUCUCUCUCCGGCGAGGAACUCCACAAGAGAUGAUGGAGAGUCAGAGUUUCUUGCAACGUCAUGUGGAUUCACGAUCAACACCGAAGAGGACUUCCCGGAGUUCACUGACCACGGUGAUCUUCUUGACAUAAUCGACUUCGAUGAUCUGUUCAGCGUGGCCGGAGAUGUGCUUCCUGACUUGGAGAUGGACCCUGAGGUCUUAGCUGGAGAAUUAUCCGAUCACAUGAACACUUCGUCGACCAUAACUACGACGUCAACAGGUAGUCAAGGAGAGACUAAUAAAAAGGGUAUUUCAGGAAAAGGUGAAGAAGUCAUCAGCAAAAGAGACCUUAACGAGACUCUUGUGGCGGAGACGGUGGUGAACUAUGACCGUAAAAGGAAACACUCCUCAUCUGGCUCUACCAAGAACAAUCGGAUCAGUAGCAACGAAGGGAAGCGAAAGGUGAAGAAGGUGGAUUGGACACCAGAGCUACACAGGAGAUUCGUGGAGGCAGUGGAACAGUUGGGACUGGAGAAAGCUGUUCCUUCUCGUAUUUUGGAGCUUAUGGGUGUCCACUGCCUCACUCGUCACAACGUCGCUAGCCACCUCCAAAAGUAUAGGUCUCAUCGGAAACAUUUGCUAGCUCGUGAGGCCGAAGCGGCUAAUUGGACGCGCAAACGCCAUAUCUACGGUUUAGACAGCACCGGAGCUAAUGCCAAUGGUCGGAAUAAAAACGGAUGGCUCGCACCAGCACCUACUAUCGGGUUUCCGACUCCGCCGCCAGCGGCUGUGGCGUCGCCACCUGUCAACCACCAUCAUUUUAGACCGUUGCAUGUGUGGGGACAUCCCACGGUUGACCCGUCUGUCAUGCCGCACGUGUGGCCCAAACACUUGCCUCCACCGUCCACUGCCAUGGCUACUCCACCGUUUUGGCUUUCGGAUACCUCCUACUGGCCUAGAAUUCAUAACGGGACGACUACGUAUUUGCCGACCGUAGCAACGAGGUUUAGAGCACCGCCGGUUGCUGGAAUCCCACAGGCUCUGCCGCCGCAUCACAUGGUGCACAAUUACAAACCAGAUCAUGGCUUUGGUGGUCCUCGUUCUCCGGUGGACUUACAUCCGUCAAAAGAAAGCGUAGAUGCAGCCAUAGGAGAUGUAUUGACGAGGCCAUGGCUGCCACUUCCGUUAGGUUUGAAGCCACCGACUGUUGACGGCGUUAUAACGGAACUCCACCGUCACGGUGUCUCCCAGGUUCCUCCAGCUGCGUCCUGUGCCUGAAUCAGACAAGCACCAGAUAUAAGCUGAACCAAACAAAUUCGACGACAUGUCUUUCGAUGAUUGUAUCUUUUUUUUCAAGGGUUGUUUUUGUUAUGGCCCUUGUUGUGUGUUGAGAGCUUAAUUCGGUAUCUUCCUUGAUCGACCCAUGUAACUAAUAAGGAGCCCUUUUGACAUAUCGGGUGCAAUGUACACUCUCUAUAACGCAAAUAAAUUACAUAUA